AUGUCUGUCCAAGAGAACAUUCUAGCCCACCAGCUCUGGCCAUGGAUCUCCUCCCAGAAAGACUUAGCAAAGUCCGCCCUAAGUGGGGCUCCAGGAGGGCCAGCGGGAUACCUUCGACGUGCUAGUGUGGCCCAGCUGACCCAGGAGCUGGGCACUGCCUUCUUCCAGCAGCAGCAACUGCCCGCGGCUAUGGCGGACACCUUCCUGGAACACCUGUGUCUCCUGGACAUUGACUCCGAGCCGGUGGCGGCUCGCAGCACCGGCAUCGUCGCCACCAUCGGGCCAGCAUCUCGCUCUGUGGAACGCCUCAAGGAGAUGAUCAAGGCAGGGAUGAACAUUGCACGACUCAACUUCUCCCACGGCUCCCAUGAGUACCAUGCGGAGUCCAUCGCGAACAUCCGAGAGGCAGCUGAGAGCUUUGCAGCUUCACCGCUCAGCUACAGGCCUGUGGCCAUCGCCCUGGACACCAAGGGACCGGAGAUACGCACCGGGAUCCUGGAAGGGGGCCCGGAGUCGGAGGUGGAGAUUGUGAAGGGCUCACAGGUGCUGGUGACUGUGGACCCAAAGUUCCAGACACGGGGCACCGCAAACACAGUGUGGGUGGACUACCCCAAUAUCGUCCGGGUCCUUGCAGUGGGGAGCCGCAUCUACAUUGACGACGGACUCAUCUCUUUAGUGGUGCGGAAAAUCGGCCCAGAGGGGCUGGUGACCCAAGUGGAGCACGGUGGUGUGCUGGGUAGCAGGAAGGGUGUGAACUUGCCGAAUGCAGAGGUGGACCUUCCUGGGCUGUCUGAGCAAGAUCUCUUGGAUCUGCGCUUCGGGGUGGAGCAUAAUGUGGACAUCAUCUUUGCCUCCUUUAUACGGAAAGCCAGCGAUGUGGCUGCAGUCCGGGCUGCCCUGGGGCCGGAAGGACAGGGCAUCAAAAUUAUCAGCAAAAUCGAGAACCAUGAAGGCGUGAAAAAGUUUGAUGAAAUUCUAGAGGUGAGCGAUGGCAUCAUGGUAGCACGGGGUGACCUGGGCAUUGAGAUCCCAGCCGAGAAGGUUUUCUUGGCUCAGAAGAUGAUGAUUGGGCGCUGUAACCUGGCCGGCAAGCCAGUCGUUUGCGCCACACAGAUGCUGGAGAGCAUGAUCACUAAGGCUCGACCAACUCGGGCGGAGACAAGCGAUGUGGCCAAUGCGGUGCUGGAUGGGGCUGACUGUAUCAUGUUGUCGGGAGAGACCGCCAAGGGCAGCUUCCCUGUGGAGGCUGUAGAGAUGCAACACGCGAUUGCCCGAGAGGCAGAGGCCGCUGUGUACCACCGCCAGUUGUUUGAGGAGCUACGACGGGCAGCGCCACUGAGCCGUGAUCCCACUGAGAUCACAGCUAUCGGGGCCGUGGAGGCUGCCUUCAAGUGCUGUGCUGCCGCGAUCAUUGUGCUGACCACGAGUGGCCGCUCAGCUCAGCUCCUGUCUCGGUACCGACCUAGGGCAGCUGUCAUUGCUGUGACUCGUUCACCCCAGGCUGCCCGCCAGGUUCACCUGUCCCGAGGAGUCUUCCCCGUGCUCUACCGUGAGCCACCAGAAGCCAUCUGGGCAGAUGAUGUGGAUCGAAGGGUCCAAUUUGGCAUUGAAAGCGGAAAGCUCCGUGGCUUCCUCCGUGUUGGUGAUCUGGUGAUUGUGGUGACAGGUUGGCGACCUGGCUCUGGCUAUACCAACAUUAUGCGGGUGCUGACCAUAUCCUGAAAUGGCUCUCCCUCUUCUGAGCUAGUUGCACCCCAUCUCUUCCAUCCUGCACCCCUCCCACUGCCCCACAUCUGCCAUCCAGCCUCAACGCUGUGCUUCCCACAGGCCCUGAACAUCCAUCCAGUUAUGUACUGACCACUCCACCGCAUCAGUUGUAAUCCCUGUCUCAAUCCGCUCAGCCGGAUCCUAAAAUGCCCUGAGCCUUUAAUCCCAGCCCAGUGGUUAAUUCUAUUCCUCUAGGCUCCCUAGCAGUAGAAUGGAGGAAGCGGAAACAGGGUGAUUUCAUCCAAUUUCCACAGAGCCAUUAUUUUAA